UGUCUCCGAAAAAUACGCCUUCGACCUUCUCCUUGCAGUCUUCACCAACAUUUCUUCCUCGAUCCUUUCCAAAUACGAACGCCGGAUUUUUGAGCUCAUAUUCACCCGUUUGCAGACCUCCAAGUCGCCUCGGACCGUCCGUUCCAGCCUCCUCUUCUUCGGAUUCUACACUGGAAAAUUCUCGCCCGAGGCCUGGGUGCACCUCCUCGAGUCCUUGCAGUCCGGCAUGACCCGAAUGGUUUUGACCCAGGUCUGGAUCCCCAACGUGCAAAUGGCGGCCAUCGCGGGAGGAAUGGAGGC